AGAGGGAGAAAGGAAAACGUAUGCUUAAGGCCAGAGUGUUAUUUCUUUUUGCUGACUGUGAUCUUAAGGAAACUAAUGACAAACUUUCUUUAAAAGCCAUCUUGUACUUAGGGAAAGUUAAAUCUCUGUGAGGAUGCAAUUAGGCCAUUCAAAAUAAGAUAAUUGGAUCCUUGUGAACUAGUCUUGAAAGGGGAAAGUGGGUUAGAUCUGAUUGUUUCAUGGACUUCUAGGAAAUACUGGAACCUGGAUUGAGAAGUUAACAGAAGGCUACAGCAAACCAAUUAAUACUGAUGUCAAGAAAGCUACAUGGAGCUAGAUGUGUCCAUGAAGUCAGCAGGAACUGAGUUCAUCUCAAAGACUUUAGGUGUUUUAGUAAAAACCCUAAAGUAGAAGAGCCUGGUGGUGCAGCAGACUAAUAGCCUGUUAUUAUCAUCCAGCUGCCUGCAAUUACUGCUAGUUCGAGUCUCCCCAGGCUCAAGGUUGACUCAGCCUUCCAUCCUUUCUAAGGACCCAUCUACCCACUUUCAGUUUCCAUUUUUAAAGAAAUAAACUUCUCCAGGGAAAUUACAGGAAAGUGAUCUUUUGGGGAGAGCAAGACAGAACUGGUAAUGGCUUCAGUAAGAAACCUACCUUAUGGAUUUGGUGCAAAUUACGAGACUGUAAUAAAGAUAAUUGGGAGCAAAUAUGUCCGAUGUCUUGUAGAGAAAAGUGAUGGGAAAGCAAAGGAGAUUGCGAAACCUGAGGCACAGUCCAUGCUCCAAACAUUACCUCUGUGUAAUAUAAGACAGAGAAAUGGAAAAUUCCCAGACCUCAAUAAGCCACCUGGUCAGCAAAUCAAUAAUGGUGUGAAUAUUGAAUCUCAGAACAAAGAUGGAAUGGAAAAAUAUACAUCCAAACAAACAGAGACAAAUGUUAUCAGAUCUGUCGACAGCAAAGAACUAAAACCACUAAAUUUGCAUUGUGUUACUGCACCCUGUGGGGAUAAAUCCUUAUCUUACAUUCACUCUAUCAAAAAACCAUCUUUUGAAGCUCAGAAUUCAAAACCAUUUCAACAACAGGGCAUUCAGCCAGAGUUAACAGAGACCAAGAAUGAGGAUGAUUCUCUUCUAGUUCUGCUCAGAAAGGAAUUUGAACUUCAUCCUAUAAGUCUCACUGCUUUGACCAGCCUGAAUGAAGAGCUCAAGGAGAUGGAUCCCAGGAAAUCAGGAUUUCUGUCUCAGGCCCAGUUGAGCACCCUGCUUCUCAAACAUGAUAUCCCGCUACAAUUACCAACUGUCAAACUGCUUUUCAAGAGGUGUUCACAAGCUAAUGACCAAGAACUGAUAGAUUAUGAAAAAUUGAUCCAGUUAUUAAUACUCCAGGCAUCAAGCAAAAUGCAACAUACCCUUCCUGAGAAGAAUCAAAAUAAAAAGAAUCCAAGCUCUUGGACAUCAGAAAACACAUUUCUGGCACUGAAGCAGAUAUUAAAAGAACACAACGGAGAGCUGGAUUUUGAAAAAUUAACCCAGAGAUUUCUGCAAGAAGACCAGAUUUGCUCAGGCCUUCUUUCAUUUCCUGAGGUAGAGGAUAUUUGCCAAAAGCACGGACUAAUUCUACAUCCUGGGAUGAUGGAAACUUUGGCCAAUUUAUGUGACUUUGGUAGAAGAGGCAGAAUGCAAUGGAAACCAUUUGUAGAGUUGCUGCAGAAGGUUCAAACUGGAAUGAAUCCUGCUUUGCUUGUUUGUAAAAGAAGAAACGAGGACAAAGCUGAAGAUAACUCUCAGAUUAAAGAACAGUAUAAACUUCAAACUGUUAAUCCAUGGACUUCAUAUGAUGCCAGUGAUUCUGAAGACCAAGAGGCCUGGAUAGACCGGUUCAGAAAAAUGGAGAAAGCCCUUUAUUUAUCUGAUGUCAAAAACACAGGUAAGCUGGAAAAAGAAAAGGCCAAGCGUUUGAUCCAUAACUACAAUCAAAUUUAUGACCUGUGCCUCAGUCCUCUAAAAAUUGAUAAAGCAUUUCGGCCUUUUCGUUAUGGCCAAGAUAUGCCACUGGAACCCUUACUACAAUACUUGAAGGAGCUGUAAUUUCUAUUGAGAGAAAUAAUUUUUUCAUGGGCUCUAUCCACUGAUGCUCUUGUUAAUUCAAUACAUAAACAUUCUUAGUUUUAAUUUUCAACUGACAUAGAAUUAUAUAUGUAUAUAUAUAAAAUUUGACAAAUUUUCAAAAUUUGUUUUGGAAAACACAUCUCCACAGCAAAGAAAUACUGUUACAAAUACUUCAUUAUUUGUAAUGAUAGAACUCAAUUCAAACUCAAAAAAAGUAGCAAAAUAGCUGUAGGAAUUUGCUUUGAAAAUUCAAGGCGCUUCAAGGUGUUGGUUACCACCUUUAAAGCGCUCCAUGGCAUAGGACCUGGGUAUUUGCGGGACCGCCUUCUGCCACCAAUAGCCUCCCACCGACCAGUACGCUCCCACAGAGAGGGACUCCUCAAGGUGCCGUCAGCCAGCCAAUGUCUGCUGGCGACCCUCAGGGGGAGGGCCUUCUCUGUGGCAGCUCCUGCCCUCUGGAACGAUUUGCCCCCAGAGAUAAGAAGGAUAUUGGAUCUCCGCGUCUUUCGCCAUGCCCUGAAAACUUUUCUUUUCCAUCAAGCAGGGCUGGCGUGAACCCUCCCCUUCUUUUAGUUUUUUAGCUUUUUAGCUUUUAAUCUGUCAAUGGGUUUUAAUUCGAAUUGUUUUAAUUUGGGCCAAAGUAUGUAAUUCUUUUAAUAAUUUUAAAUUUUGUAUUGGUAUGUGUUUUAGUUCUGGCUGUGCACCGCCCUGAGUCCACUAGGAGAAGGGCGGUAUACAAAUUGAAUAAAAUAAAAUAAAUAAAUAAAUAAAAUUCAUUUUUCGAACGGCAUGUUCAUCCAGAGCAAUUUUCUAGAUGAAGAUUCAGGUAUGUCUGCAAUGUAUGGUAAGAAAAUCAAGAUGGUGGCCCCAAUGCUGAGAUCAAAGCUCUGACAAUUUUUUUUUUACAUGUGAUACAGAUAAACAACAGGGAGAGUUUAAAUCAGGGGU